UCCAUCAAAUUUCAUAGGAUAUGAGGUCAUCCUCACCAAGAAUAUUACACUCAGUUUCUCCGGUACAUUUGCUUGACUGAGUUACAAUAGAAAGAUCACUGUAACAAUGCAGCCCAGCUCACACAAAUCAGUUAACAUUGUUUGUGGGGUUGACUUUUCCAGAUUCUCCAAACAUUUUCAAUUUGUAAGUCUAGCUUCAAGUGUCUUGGGACUCUUCAUCGUCUAUGGUUAUGUCCAGGAGAAACUAUUUCGCAUACCAGGAUUCAGGAGCCAUGGCUGGUAUCUCUCAUUCAUCCAGUUUGUCUUUGUGUCCUUUUUAUCUUUUAUGGAUUCAACUUUUAUAUCACGGUCUCCGAAGAGGAGGGAAUUGCCCCCUUAUUAUGAGUUUAUGAUCUUGUCUUGGAUGACAGUAGGAACUAUUGGACUGUCUACCGUCUCACUUGGUUUUCUCAACUUUCCUACGCAGGUUAUAUUCAAGUCUUGCAAGCUGAUACCCGUGAUGAUUGGCGGUAUACUCAUAUUAGGUAAAAAGUACACUAUAUACGACUACUGUUCAGUGUUCAGUAUGUGCUUUGGACUUAUUUGGUUCUCCCUCGCUGAUCAAACUGUUUCUCCAGAGUUUGAACCUAAAGGUAUAGUUAUUAUCUGCAUGGCACUGUGUUUUGAUGCAGUAUUCGGGAAUUACCAAGAAAAGCUGCUGAAGAAGUACCCCCACUUUACGAACGCAGAUAUCAUUUUCUAUACUUAUUCUUUUGGAAGUCUCAUUAUUCUCACCUGGCUAUGUGCAACGGGGCAGUUUUUAUCGAGUUUAAAGUAUGCGUCUCAACACCACGACAUCUAUCCGUUAGCCAUGAUUUACGCCACAGUUGGAUACCUCGGUGUUCAGUUUGUGUUGGCUCUGAUAAAGUCUUCGGGUGUUCUCAUAACUACAUUCGUUACUACGACGAGGAAAGUGCUGACAGUCGUUCUUUCCUUUAUCUUCUUCACUAAACCAUUUACAUUCCAAUACGUUUGGUCUGGUUCUCUAGUGUUUCUUGGAAUAUGUAUAAGCAUCUGGAAGAGAAACAGAAUAGCAAUUCUCUACAAUUUAUCAAAUGCAAUAAGAGGUGUACAAGCGUUCGUAGGUGCUCACAGCACACCAUUAUCUAAACUUGAUAGGACUGUUCUGCAAGUCUAAGGAUAAAAUGACUAAUUGGGAUUUAAGGUUAUUUUCUGCUGACAAUUUUAUUUUUGUUAACUUAUGGAAAAGCGGAUCUGCUUAUUACUAAUGUAUUUUCUGCUGACUAUUUUGAUUUAGUUAUGUUAUAAUUUUGCAGUUUGAAUUUAGCUUGGUUUCUAUAGCACUGUAUACUUUGUAUAGUGAUAGAAAUUUUAGUUAAUUUAUUUGUAUUGAAGGCGUUCUUUAGGAUUUUUAAACACUAUUGCGAAUAAUUUUACAGAUAAGACAUCUUUCAGUAGCAGGUUUUUUGGGAAAAUGUGUUUUGGCAUCCAUGCUACAUUACGUUACAACUAAUAUUCUUGAUGGAAAAUCCAUCGAGAUAAAAUGCUAUCUUAUUUGGAAUGAUUCUAGAUCAAUACAACAGAGCAUUUCAUAAUAAUAUCAGGUGUGCAAAAGUUGACUAUGCACAGAAAAUCUUAAAUUCUAUU